UAUGACAAUUUGAUUGAGCAUUUGACUGAUACUUCAGGAGGCGGUAAUUGUUGGACGGACUCAAACUGUAACUUUGCCAACGGCGGAGGCUUCUGUAACCUUGGUACUAAUUCCUGUGCGUGCGUAAACGGGUACACGGGACAGUUCUGUCAAACAGCUCCGGCGUCCCCCGGAGAAAGUUCCACCGGAGUCUCCAACGUCAAUAACGCCAUACUGCUGGUGUCUCUCGGGGCAUUUCUGUUUAUUUUUCUACAAAAGGAGCGAAAUCGAGAGGAUGAGGACUGGAUCUUUUAUCACACCCUUUACGAAGAAUACCUGUACCAAUGA